AGCCAGAAAACUAUGCUACCUAUGCGUCCGCGUCUCGCAGAUCUGGGAGUUUUGAAUGUGUUAUCCUGGUGUUGUUUGCAUUAUUUAUUCAAGGUGUGAGUGGUAACUUUAUUCGUGACCGCUGCGUAAAGUGAAACCGCGACGGGCGACGUCCUCUAGGUGAAACGCGCGUAAUAAUGGCCUUCUUUAUACUUCAUAGCCUCCUAACUAGAGGAGGCAGUGGUGCAAUGGACGGCAUUCUGACAGCGACUAGUGCAUCGACGGAUGUGAAACCGAGUGUUGAAGACUUGGUUGACGAAAAUCAUUCCGCGAACGAAGUUGCGGUAGACGUGAAGCCUACUGUUGAUCACGGACAUUAUGCGAAUGAUGUUACGAUGGACGUAAAGCCGAACAUUGAGCAUGAUGCGAAUGAAUUUACGUCGGACGUCAAGCCGUUAGUUGAUCACGGACAUUAUGCGAAUGAAGUUAUGGCAUUGCUGGACGAGAAGCCCAGUGUUGAUGAUGGGCUCCAUGCGAAUGAAAUUGCGGAGGACGUGGAUCCGUGUGUUGAUCACGGACACAAUGCCAAUGAAGUUACAGUGGACUUGAAGCCGAUUGUUGAUCACAGGCAUAAUGCGGAUGAAGUUAUGGAAUUGGUGGAUGUGAAGCCCAGUGUUGAUGAUGGACAUGAUGCGAAUACAGUUACUCUCUGUGAAGGUUCCUUGCCUGCGGCAUCUCAGGACCAGUACCAUUCACUCGUGUUUGUAGAAGAUGGACUGCAUUCCUGCCGUCAGUGUGCAUAUACAACCAGGAUUAAGGCGAACAUGAGAGUACACCUUCGCCGACACACAGGGGAGCAUCCCUUCCAGUGUCACCUUUGCCCGGCUACUUUCACUGCGAAAUUCCAUCUCACAGAGCACAUUCGCACUCAUACCGGAGAGCGUCCUUUCUCCUGCACGCAGUGCAAUGCAUCCUUUUCACUGAAACACAACCUGAAGGAACACUUGCGCACCCACACAGGAGAACGUCCCUUUUGCUGUGUUCACUGCAGUAAAUCCUUUUCAAAGAAAUGUAACCUGAAGCAGCACAUGCGCACCCACAUGCCCAACCGCAUUAUAGAGCGACCCUUUUCUUGUGGCCAGUGCAAUGCAUCCUUCACAUCCAGAUUCCAAGUCAAGCAACAUAUCCGCACCCACACAGGAGAGCGUCCUUUCUCUUGUCUCUACUGCGAUGCAUCCUUUUCACGAAAGCGGGAUCUCAGGAGUCACGAGCGCAUCCACACAGGAGAGCGUCCAUUUUCCUGUGAUAAUUGUGAUGCAGCCUUUGCGCAGAGGCGCAACCUCGUGCUGCACAUGCGCACCCACACAGGCGAACGUCCCUUUUCCUGUGGCCACUGCGAUGCAUCCUUUUCAGUGAAGCGCAACCUCAGUAAUCACGUGCGCGCCCACACAGGAGAGCGUCCGUUUUCCUGUGGCCACUGUGAUGCAUCCUUUUUAUCCAGAAGCAACAUGAAGCGACAUAUGCGCACUCACACAGGCGAACGUCCCUUUUCCUGUGGCCACUGUGAUACAUCCUUUGCACGAAAAAGCAGCCUCGUAGUGCACACUCGUACCCACACAGGAGAGCGUCCAUAUUCCUGCAUCUACUGUAAUGCAUCUUUUUUCCGAAGAAGCACGUUCAAUCGCCACAUCUUAGGACUUCAUCCCAAGGAAGCCCUGAAAGGCAGGGGUGCCAGUGUUCCUAAUGUGGAGGUAACUUGACUGAUUUAUUCUGCUAGAAGGUGACCUUAUAAAAAAACAAAACUCUUUACUGCCGAGUGUUGCAAAUUCACGACAUGCUGGAAAACUCUGAGCAAGCAAGUGAAGAAAUUUGUGCCGCCUUUAA